AUGCCGAGUAAAGGUAUCCAGUGCUACUCAUACAUCGCCGUUCCCGGCUGCCAGAUCGAAUUCUCCGUCCCGGGCGAGGCGAUCACGAAGGAUCAGCUGCGAGUCUUUAGCAGCGACCACCUGGAGAUAGAUUCGAAGAACAUCCAGGGCCAUUUCAAUUUUACCGGCACAUUCGCAUUCAAGGUGACGCAGAAUGGGAAUCAGAUCGCGUACGAACAUGUCGAGAUCAACGCCGUGAAUGGGAACCUCGGCGCUGGAAGUCUGAAGUCGAUGGACGAUCAGCAAUCGCGCAUUUCCAACGAUGUGAUCGUGAGCUACGGAUUCUACGAUUCUGGAGCAGGCAUCGCAGAUCUUCCAAAGAGCGAUCAGUGCUGGGUGGCUGUCGCUCCCAACUACUCGGCCUGGAUGGCACAAGUCGCCCCCCAAGGCUCACCUCAAGCCUCCAAGCCAUUCUCCAAAUUCUUCCUCCCCGCCGCUCAUGAUAUCGGCAUGAACAACAUGCAAAACGCAGGCGCCGUCCUCCAGAGCAGUGCCCUCAUCGAUGUCAUGAAAUCCAUCAACUCGGUGUUUGCUAAAGUCGCUGGCAUGAUGACCCACUCAGCUGUCAAAGCCUUAGCACCGAACAUCAUCGCCGGCCUUGCCAUCACGCAGAAAGAUACACUCCAGGCCAUUCUCAGCAUAGGUGCCCGCUAUUUCGAGUUCCGUCCUGCAUACCUGCACACUGCGAUUCGAGGGCACCAGCCCAUCCCAGACGAGCUGUACUUCUCGCACUCCGCCAUCCCGGGCAUGUCAUACAAGCAAUUUCUGCAUGACACGGUGGAAUUCCUGAUGCAGCAUCCCGAUGAAAUAGUCGUAGUGCAGCUCCGCUGGGAUGGCGUCCCGGCCGAUUGUGCUCAUCCUAGCAACGAAGACAUGGCGAACUAUCUGAACGAAGCCCUCGCGGUAUCCAAUGGCUCUCUAUCCGCAGGCUCACUAGACGAUAUGCGUAACCUAAGUAUCUCGGACCUGAGAGCCCAGCACAAACGCCUCAUCCUGUUUGUAAACAGCGAUUCCUUUAGCACUUACACGGACGAAGGAAAUGCCACCGUAAACGGGGAUACCAUAGUCGCCCAAUUAAACAACAUAAAUCCUGACGUGCAAGCCGGGAAGCCGUUCACAAAUAUCCAAUGCCAGGCUACUGCUACUAAUAUUCCGGAUGUGGUGGCGUACAGUGUUCUUGCAGCCGAUGCUAGUAGUAGCUGUUUGUUGGCGACCAAGCCGAUUUGUGAUUCCAAGACGCUGCCGUGGAUCAAGGAAAAUGGCGGGCGGCUGGCCGAUGGACAGCUGGUUAUUGUCAUGAAUGAUUUUUUGGAUGGCGCAACGGCGGAUGUCUGUGUUGAGUGGAGUAGGAGGAGGUUGGAAUAG